AUGAGAAACAUCUCCUAGUAAUUAAAUUUUAAAAUGAAUUAUAUAGGCCUAUUAACCUCAUUUGGAUGACUAUCUUGGAGCUGACAGGAUCUUGAGGAGGCCUAGAUGCAUAUAUGCAAAACGAAUCUGUAAAAUGAAUUAUCCGAGUGUGAGAUGUGUUGUGUGUCAUGUACAUAUUAAUAUUGUCACGGUGGCAACACAAAUUAAAGGGAGGGGACCCACAAGGCAAUCAGCUCUACAUCAGAUGAACAGACUGCGGACGUGUGCAAAUGUAGCCUGCUUGAGCAAUCCCUCACUGAUUUCACCCAGAGUGACUGGAACAGGCGUCUGCAAGCUCCUCUUUAAAGAAGUAAAGUGUUUAUUUCCAGGUUUCUCUUGACAUCAUAAUGAGCAGUCGAGUGGAUGAUGUUAUGCAGCUUUGCUGUGAGGUCUCGGCCAGCAGGAAGAUGAAAGCGGCCGUGAAGAGCUCUGGAAAGGGAGCUGCAGCGGCUGGUGGAGGUGCUUUUGUAGGGGGAAUGGUCGGAGGCCCAGCCGGAAUAGCUGUUGGUGGUACUUUGGGAGGUCUCUUAGGAACAUGGAUGACCAGUGGCCAAUUCAAACCUCUUCCUGAGAUCAUCAAGGAGUUGCCUCCAAAAUAUAAGGAGAAACUGUACUCUGAUGUCAUGGGUGCAUUGGGCACACUUAACUGGACAGAUGUGGCUGGCCUUAUUGCUCUGGUUAUGGGCAGUGUCACUCUGCAAGAGCAGGUGCUCGCUGCUAUUCUCACUUAUGCCACAAAAGAGCUCAAGGCUGAUGUGCAGUAUGGAAACUGACCACUAGAGGGUUAAUGUCAACAGCCAGAGGUUCUCUGGAGCUCCUGGGCAGCAUCUUUUUUAAAG